AUGAACAUCCUAAUGCUUUGCUGCUUCAUCCAAGGCUCGCUGCAGGGUGUGUAUCAGCGACGCCUCUACAAAGAACUGAUGAAGAACUACAAUCCUCUGGAGCGGCCGGUCGGCAACGACUCCCACAGCCUGACUGUCCAGUUCAGCUUCAGCCUGCUGCAGAUCAUGGACGUGGAUGAGAAGAACCAAGUCCUGACCACCAACAUAUGGCUGCAGCUGUACUGGACAGAUUAUUACCUGCAGUGGAACAUGUCUGACUAUCCAGGAGUGACCAACGUCCGGUUCCCCGAUUAUCAGAUCUGGAGGCCCGACAUCCUGCUGUAUAAUAGUGCUGAUGAAAGGUUUGACGCCACCUUCCACACCAACAUCCUGGUUAAUUCCUCUGGUUACUGCCAGUACCUGCCACCAGGAAUAUUUAAGAGCACCUGCUACAUCAAUGUCCGCUGGUUUCCGUUCGAUGUGCAGCGAUGUGACCUGAAGUUUGGCUCGUGGACUUAUGGUGGCUGGUCUCUGGACCUGCAGAUGGUCCACGCUGACAUCACCGGAUACAUCGCCAACGGGGAGUGGGACCUUGUAGAGGUUCCAGGACGGAGAAAUGAGCGUUUCUACGACUGCUGUAAGGAGCCUUACCCUGAUGUAACCUUCACGGUGGUGAUGAGGAGGAGAACGCUUUACUACGGACUCAACCUCCUCAUCCCCUGUGUCCUCAUCUCCACCCUCGCACUCCUCGUCUUCCUCCUGCCUGCUGAUUCUGGAGAGAAGAUCUCCCUGGGUAUCACCGUGCUGCUCUCUUUAACCGUCUUCAUGCUGCUGGUCGCUGAAAUCAUGCCGGCAACGUCUGACUCUGUUCCACUUAUAGCCCAGUACUUUGCAACUACCAUGGUGAUUGUGGGUCUGUCUGUCAUCGCCACGGUUCUGGUUCUGCAGUAUCAUCACCACGAUCCGGAUGGCGGACACAUGCCACAGUGGGUUCGAGUGAUUUUGUUGAACUGGUGCGCCUGUUUCCUGCGGAUGCGACGUCCCAGUGCGACAAAGGUUCGUGUGGCGUGCCACAACACCACCAGACGUCGGCACGGCAGCCUGUCCAGCCUCGAGCUUAGCGUCAGUCAGGCAACGCUGCAGCAUCACCCACAGGUAACCAACGGUAACCUCCUCUAUGUAGGCUUCCGCGGCAUUGAGGGCUUACACUACGCCUCAUCAGCUGAACCGGAAUGCCUCUGCUCGCAGUUGGUAAGAGGGAGUGUGAGUGAGGAGGAGGUGCUGAGAGAAGGAGCAGCUGGAGUUGGAGGGAGGGGCCGAGCCGCGAGCUUCACGCUGGAGACAGAGCUGAACCAGAUCCUGGAAGAGGUCCGCUACAUUGCCAGACGUUUCCGCGGACAGGAUGAGGAGGAGACAGUCUGCAGCGAGUGGAAGUUUGCUGCGGCGGUAAUCGACCGGAUGUGCCUGGUGGCUUUCUCACUCUUCACCAUCCUGUGCACCAUCGGCAUCCUCAUGUCAGCCCCCAACUUUGUGGAAGCCAUUUCGAAAGACUUCUUCAGCUGAGGAGGAGAGCGACGGGAAGACCGACAUGAGUUGUGGCGGAGGAGGUAAAGACUCUUACCGUCAAGGAACCGUUCUUCACUGGGUGUUUUCAACACCAUUCCAUUGUUCUGGAUUGUGCAUUUUCACAUUAUUAGCUUAAAAGAGAACGUUAGUGACUUUAUGUCAUUUACAGCAACACCUUGUGGUGAGGUUUCAGAUUGCAACCCAACCAAUGCCCUACACGUGGUGAGAAAGUCG